UCCCUCUCCUCCUCCGAAUCGGACCAAGAGAACCGCCAAGCCGCCAUUGGGACCGACUUGUCCUCGCGUGGGGAGGUAUUUUGUCAACGAUGAGAGACUACACGUCCACCCCGAGCCAUGGAGACUCGUGUAUGGCCUGCUGCCAAGUGUGUGUCUUCUUCUUCACUGCAGUCCUCAUUGUCGCAGAGAGGACGGCGCUGAUCUACUGCUUUGUGUACUAUCUGUGGGUGGGUCAUAACUACUGCUAUGCCCAUCUCGCUGGCUUCACUGCACUCUUUCUGCUGCCAGGAUGGGGUCCCCAGUGGCUCAGCUACUUGUGGUAUCUUUCCGAUGGACGAAUACGCAGAAAGUCUCUCACUUGGACCCACAUACUGCACCUGGGUAUCUUCAAAAGGCUGUGGGAGUGCAUGCGCCUACCAGACAUGGACGCCUACGGAGAAAUCAUGCAACAGGCCGACGUGUCUGCCUUACGCAUGUUGGAGGCCUUGGUGGUCACUUUACCUGAGACUCUGCUGCACACCUAUGUCCUCAUCUGCACUGAUAUUGGGGUCAAAUCUCCAGCAUCAGUGUGUUUUGCCGUGUGUUUGUUAUCUCUGGCCUGGGCGUUGGUCCUCUACGCCCGAGCGUGUUACCUCAUCAGACCGGGACAUCUACAAAUGACCCCCGCCGGCAUCCUCUGCCGACUGCUUUGGAGGGUCUGUAUGUUAGGCUCUCGAUUUGGCGUCCUCAUGCUUUUCACACGGGUCUUCAAACAGUGGGUCCUUGGCGUGAUAGGUGUGCACUGGUUGGGGGCAACGUUUUGGAUGGUGUCUCAGCAGACUGACAUCAUCCGUUCAACCAGUCGAUGGCGAGUCUUCAAUCUGAUUCUCGGUGCCAUUCACAUCUUCUUCUUCCUCAAUGUGAAGUACGGUCAAUCCCGCUACCGCAUGGCAGGGUUCUACCUGGUCAUGUUUUUGGAGAACAUCUUCCUCCUGCUGGCGUCCUCCUGGUUGUUCAGCAUGGUGUCUUGGGAUACCGUUGGCAUUCCUCUCGCCGUCUUCUGCAGCUUCCUUAUCGGUGUGAUUACGGUGGUGCUCUACUAUCGCUUCCUCCACCCAAAAUCCUUUGAGAUCUGCCAGAGUAUUCGUCGCAGGGGGCUCAGCGGAGCGUGCACAGAGCGGGGAUCCGUGCUCUCGUUGGACGAAAAAGUCACACCUACUUUUCACCGCCAUGCAACACUCUCCGGGGGGGGCACCCUCAUGGACCUUCCUCAUCAGUGGGAGGGCUGGAGGCAUCAUCACUGGCUGCUGAUUCGUUUGGCUCUAAAGACGGGGGACAUAACCAAUAUCUGGUCCGCCUAUGGAGAAGGUGGUCUUGCUGGACUCAUGGGUUUGUCUGAAGAACUUCACUAUGGCAACGAGCAUCGACGCUUUCCUCAGGCUCCUCGUGUUGUACCGCAGGUUCUUCAGAUAUCACAGCCAGCUCCUCAGCCACCCCCACCACAGGUGACCCCAGCUCCACAGCAGGAAGAGGUGAUCCCACCACCCAAGCCAGCUCUCACCAAUGUCAUCGCCAGACCUGUGAGAAAAGCUCCUCCCACAACAAUCCAGGAUAUUAGACUGGUUCCGGAGAUCAUCCCAGUGCAUGAGGCCAUUUUGGAAGACUCCAUAGAGGAAUUCAGUGCUCCACUAUCAGACGAAAAAGGUGAUGAAGAAUUUCAGAGUGCGGUGUACGGCUCUCCCACGCUGUCAUCGCCUUACCAACCGGGAAGCUUGCGCCACAUCGACAGUAAUGCCGUCUCCCUGACCGAGAAGUCAUCCUCUGCGGCUUCCUUGGAUAUCAAGACCCCCGUCUGGUCACCCGAACGUCGGUCCCCUCUACUGCUCAGCUCCCCUGAGAAGAAAGGGUCCAACUCCUUGGAUCCCAACACUACCUUGUAUUUCAGUGCAGAUGCACCCUCUCCCUCCACGGGGAGCUAUCUGGGCUGGGGGUCCGAGCUGUCGCCCAUCUCCACCUACAGGAGCCCCUACCGGAUCAGGGAGGCUCGUUUUGUCACAUCCACCCCACGCCCGGAGAGUCCAGGUCUGGCUCCGGUUGUUGUCAUCCCUGCAACUCCAGGUACAACUCCACGCGUCACUCCUAGUGGGACCCCUGGUUCUAUGAGCCCUGCGGCCUCUACGCCCACCGUGUCCACUCCUGGUGGUGCAACACCUAGUGGUGCCAGUACACCCGGUGACCCGAUAGUUCCACUUACUCCAGUCAUCGGCCACGCCCGCAAACAGAUAGUCCAGUUUGUGGGCAGCAGAGAAAGGGCCGUGUAAGAACAUGGAGGCUGUUCUUUUAACUUGGUAGGCGGAGUUACUGUAAGACGCACUCACCUGCAACAACAUUAGGUACACAUCCAAAAAUUAUCACAAAUUCUGGUAUUUUGGAAUUUACAAUAUUUUGGACAGAGUCCUCAGUAUCAUGCAGGAGAACGUCAAUCUACAGAGCAUUAUUAUUAUGAUCCAUUAUGGUGUACCUAAUGAUGUGUCCAGUGAGUGUAUAGUCACAUCAAAUAUGAAGUACUUUUUUCCCUGAUUACAAAUACUCACAAAGAGUUUUUUGGGUGGUAGUGGUGAACAUUUACUAAUAUUCCCCGCUGGAUUCAUGUUUAAACCUAACCCAACACAACAUUAGAACCAAAGUGAUUAACUAUAUACUUUUUCAAACCAGUUAGCUUGUAUAAAAAAAACACACACAUUAUUAUGAUGUUAUUUUAAAGAUGAAUUUUUCUAAAUAAGGUAUGAAAUCAGUUUACAUUAAAUGCUAGGGUCCAUCAUUUAUCCCUAUCUCUUUUCUAAACCACUUGUAUAUUCUUAUUUAUACACAACAAUAGCAGUUAAAAGUUGGUCACAUAGAAAAAACAUAGAUGACUAAAGAGCAAAUGUUUUAAAUUGUAACUUUUAAUCAUUACUAUUUGAUUGUGAGUUUGUAUUGUGUACAUGACUGUUUUCAAAGUGUGAGCCUUCCCUCCCUCCCCGUCCUCCCUGCAAUAUAAAGGAGAUCUCUACUACUCGCGGUGGUUACUUUCCGAGACCACCUGGGAAUGGUAAAAAAAACACAAGUAAUUAACAUACCCAUAAAAAUUUAUAUUUUUGACCUCCUGCUGGCUUCAUUGAUAGUAGGCAAUAUUUCGACACGAGACACAAUGAGUAAGUAUGUUGUCAUAUGAGGGAAUUUUACCAGCCACCUUUAUAUUGAGCUCGGAUCAUAUAUGGCGUGGUACUUAUGUAUUUAUUUUUCCUUAAGACUCGGAAAUGUGUAUUCUUACUCUGCCACAUGUGUGUUGCCCAUAUCUAGCAUUUAAGCCUCACAAUUGGGGGGUCCGAUUGGAUAUUGAUUAAAAAAAACAAGUAUCAGAUUAUAUCGUCUUGCAUCAUCUCUGAUACAAGCAAUCCUGCAGCAUGCUUACUUGUGCAAAACUGGACAACCAGUUAACAUCUAAUUGUCCUCCAAAAAGCCCACAAAUGUCUUGUAUUUCAGUCAAGUCAUUCACAAAAGAUAAUCAUGGUAGGCCAUAUGCUCCUAGGAGCUAGCAGCUACUGCACAAAUACUGUACGGCUAAGCACACAAGCUACGUAAUAAGUGUGCUUAAUUGAACAAUAUUGCAGUCUAAAACACUACUUUAGUCAAUAUAAACAGUUAUCAAAUAAUUAUAGUUGUAUAUUACAGAUACAAAGUUUCCAAGGCAGAAGAGUAUCCAGUAACAAACAUGUUCGCAUCAUUCAACUUACUGUGUCGUGCACUUAAUUCGAUUCGUUAUUGCAACCACUAGGUGUCGCCAAAAACAAAUUAACACUCCACUUUAAAAGCAUAAAUCUGUCAUAAAGUUUGUGUUUUUCAUACCUACCAUUAUUUAUGGUUAUUUGCCUUAACUAAACAUACACACUACAAAUUAAUAAAAGUGUGUAUUAUGAGUUGUGCUGAUAUAUCGGCUUAAUAUGAUAUGAGCCAAAACUAAAGGCUCUAAUAUCGGUACCGUAUCGGAAGUGAAAAGGUUGUAUCAGGAGAACACACAGUGAGUUUUAAAUUAUAAAAUGUAUAGGUACUCAGUCAGAAAAAUACUUGAUUUUUCUCAAGCUGCUGCCCCGAAGUCCUCACACUGUGAAAACUGUUGAUACUUGUAUUAUCUUGUUGCAGUUUAUGGGAGUCAGUGAUAAGGGAGAUGAAUC